GUGUCCCUCGGCCCCCCGCUGCUGCUGCCGCCGCCGCCGCCGGCGCUGCUGCUGGCGGGCCCCCCGGGCAGAGCGUGCCUGCGGGCAGUGCUGGCGGAUUCGCGCUUCUUCCUGGUGUGCAUGUGCUUCCUGACCUUCAUCCAGUCCCUCAUGGUCUCCGGCUACCUGAGCAGCGUCAUCACCACCAUCGAGCGGAGAUACAGCCUCAAGAGCUCGGAGUCGGGGCUGCUGGUCAGCUGCUUCGACAUCGGGAGCCUGGUGGUGGUGGUCUUCAUCAGCUACUUCGGGGGUCGCGGGCGGAGGCCGCUCUGGCUGGCAGUAGGGGGGCUUUUCAUCGCCCUGGGCGCUGCGCUCUUCUCCUUACCUCACUUCAUCUCUCCGCCGUACCAGAUCCAGGAGCUGAACUCCUCCGUCAGUAACGAGGGCUUGUGCGUGGCUGGCAAUGGCACUGCCAAAGAGCAGUGGGACUCGUCGGCCUGCUUCAAGGACGCCGGCGGAAAUGACCACUCUCUCUAUGUAGCUUUAUUCAUUUGUGCCCAAAUCCUCAUUGGCAUGGGCUCGACACCCAUCUAUACCUUGGGACCAACCUACUUAGAUGACAAUGUCAAGAAAGAAAACGCCUCGCUUUACCUAGCCAUCAUGUACGUAAUGGGAGCACUUGGACCUGCAGCUGGAUACUUACUAGGAGGACUUCUCAUUGGGUUCUAUGUUGAUCCUAGGACAACUGUGUAUAUUGACCAGAGUGAUCCUCGAUUCAUUGGAAACUGGUGGAGUGGAUUUCUCCUUUGUGCCAUUGCAAUGCUCCUUGUGAUAUUUCCCAUGUUUACCUUUCCGAAAAAGCUCCCUCCCCGACAUAAAAAAAAGAAAAAGAAGAUGAACUCUGCUGAUGUUUCAAGUGAUGAUGAUGUGAUGAAAGAGAAAACAAGUAGCAAAACAGAAACAGACAGUUCAGUUUCUGCCUCUAUGGGAUUUGGAGAGAAUGUUAAAGAGCUUCCAAGAGCAGCUGUCAGGAUCUUAAGCAACAUGACAUUCCUUUUUGUGAGUUUGUCAUACACAGCUGAGAGUGCCAUUGUCACAGCUUUUAUUACCUUCAUUCCCAAGUUCAUCGAGUCACAGUUUGGCAUCCCAGCUUCCAAUGCCAGCAUCUACACUGGUGUGAUAAUUGUCCCAAGUGCUGGUGUUGGUAUUGUCCUAGGUGGCUACAUUAUAAAAAAGCUGAAACUUGGUGCACGAGAGUCUGCAAAGUUGGCUAUGAUCUGCAGUGGUGUAUCUCUGCUGUGUUUUUCAACACUCUUCAUUGUUGGAUGUGAAAGCAUUAAUCUAGGGGGAAUAAAUAUACCUUACACAACUGGUCCCACUCUUGCCAUGGCCCACAGGAAUCUGACUGGAAGCUGUAAUGUUAACUGUGGAUGUAAGAUUCAUGAGUACGAGCCUGUCUGUGGAUCAGAUGGAAUAACGUAUUUUAAUCCUUGCUUAGCUGGCUGCAUCAAUAGUGGAAACCACAGCACAGGGGUCAGGAAUUACACAGAAUGUGCCUGUGUGCAGAGCCGCCAGGUGAUCACUCCACCGACAGUGGGCCAGCGCAGUCAGCUGCGGCUGGUGAUUGUCAAAACCUACCUGAAUGAGAACGGCUACGCUGUGUCUGGGAAGUGUGAUCGGACCUGCAACACGCUCAUCCCAUUCCUCAUAUUUCUCUUCAUUGUAACCCUUAUAACAGCAUGUGCCCAGCCAUCAGCAGUCAUAGUGACACUCAGGUCUGUGGAAGAUGGGGAGCGGCCCUUUGCACUAGGAAUGCAGUUUGUUUUAUUAAGAACUCUUGCUUACAUUCCCACUCCAAUUUAUUUUGGGGCUGUCAUUGACACCACGUGCAUGCUUUGGCAACAGGAUUGUGGCGUACAAGGGUCUUGUUGGGAAUACGAUGUCACCUCGUUUCGUUUUGUCUACUUCGGGUUGGCAGCUGCUCUCAAGUUUGUGGGAUUCUUUUUUAUUUUCCUGGCCUGGUAUUCCAUAAAGUGUAAAGAAGAACAACUGCAGAGACAGAGUUGGAGGGCUUCGCCGGUGAACACUGUGAGUGAGAUGGUUGGACAAACUGGACCCCAACAAAACUAUGCACGGACUAGAUCCUGCCCUACCUUCAGUUCCCAAGGAGACAUCAGUGUGGCACAAGGAAUGAACUGCUUAGCACAGACCUACCCCGGCCCUUUUUCAGAAGCAAUAAAGUCCUCAAAUGAAAAUGCAUUGGAAGAAGUCACUGUUGAGAUAUAGACCCCUGGCUUGGUAACGUAAUAUUUAGUUUUGUUGGUUGACUUAGUUACGGCGCCUUGUAAAACACCUGUGCCUUCUAUUUUUAAUCUAAAUGUAACACAUGAUAAAACCAACAAAGCUUGAUGCAAACAACCAUAAUAUAAUCCUGAGGGCUGGAUACCUCAAACCAACCUGAGUUCUUAUUUCUCCCCUCCCGACAAUGGAGUUUUAAAAAUUGUGUUUGUAAUUAUUUCAGAUGUGUCCAUUAAAUGUCCAUGCUCUGAUCUAAUAUCAUUGUAAAGAUGAGGUGUUACAAACAGCGUAAGUCAGUGGAAGAGUGACAAAAACUCAUGUUGUUGAUGUCUAGACUCACAAAAAUGCUUAAAUGUAUUGUCAACUUCAUAUCCACAAAUUGUAUUUUUAAUAGAUGAGUAAUUACUGUGAGUUCUGCUACAAAGCACAACUGAACUUAUUUAAACUAUGCAACUUACUUGGAUAAUUGUAUGUGCAGCAAAUUAAGUUUAAAGCUUGCUUUUAAAGACAUUACUGCAACUGAAUUUGAAAGGGGCUAUUUUCAGGCGUAAUCAUUAAAAAAUAACAUAAGGUUUAAAGUACUGUUAAUAACAUGUCAAGCCAUACAAGAGUUAUGCAUCAGGUAAUGUUUGCAAAUCUUGAGUUGUAACAUCUUUAUCUUGUCCAAAUGUGCAUUAAUUUUCACUUGAUGGGAUGUAGUCAUUCUUCACAAAGUACAUAGGAUACUGUAAUGCUUGAAGUAAAAAACUUCAGUAUUGGUUUAUAGUAACAUUAGCAUGUAGGAAUCAUACACACAUACCAGAGCAGAUAUGUGCAUAUUUCUGCAAUGUUAUUUGGGUGACUGUUACUAGCACCAAACCCAUACUUCCCUGAAGAAGAAAACAGCUGGUUAUUGCUUGAUAGGAAGUCAGAAUUGUGUGCCAGUCUAGUUCAGCUUCAGUGGGAGAAUCCUGAGGGAGAGCUGAUGGGCUCAUCUGGGACCUGGCGGGUCCCUUGCAGCCUGCAGCAGCAGAGUUGAGGCUGCAGGAGUGAGCCCCCCUCCAGGGGCAGCCUGCCCACCCUGAUGCCACCUAGGAGGCUGUCACUGUGCUCCUGACACCACCCAGGCACUGAGCACCCUGACUCCCAGGGCAGCUGGGAAGGGAGGGCUGGCUCAGACACCCUCGUUUCUGCUACACUUCUGCCUCUCUGGCUGCCUGGUGCUGGGCAGACUGGUGGGACAGGCAUGGAGGGGGUCCUGGUUGUGUGGUUUGUCCUACACAUCUGCCUUUCCUUUUCUCAGCUUCACUGAAAGCCCUUUUGAAGGUAAAGGGGAAGUUUGUCUCUCCUUUGGCCCUCCGGGCGAGGAGCUAAGAAGAGAAAUUACUGGCAAGUGUGGACUCACAGGAUGUGAUGUGGCCUUUGCUUAUUCCAAAUUACUGUAGUGUGUUCUCUCCCUGGGAGAUGCUGAGACUUUCUAAUCAAAUGUGCUUGGCAUUUCAUUUCUUCCUCUUUGUAGCUUUGUAGCACCAUGCUCAUGAGGUACUAAUGAUGUCUCAAAGGGCAGAAAAUUAUGUCAGUUGGACACUGGGAAGUCAAGGCAGUACUGUGCCCUGCAGGGGAAGUCUUAGAAGUGUAGGAAAUUAAAAAGCAGUCUUUUAAGAGGACUCAGUGAUAGUCUAGUUUGGAUUUUGCUGAGAGAGAACUUGUGUGAAAAUAAACAGGAAAGAGCAGAGCUUCUACAUAUUUUUGAACAGUUACUUCUGGUUUAAUUUUUCAAUUUAGAACAUGUAUACUGAUCAAAUAUUAUAUGGAACCAAGUUCUUGAAAAUAAAGGCAGUACUCUCCUUGGCAUCCCUAGAGUUGUACUAGGAAGAGUAGAUUCUCUUCUCUGCCUUUGUCAAUUGCCUUUUGUCAUCAGCUGGAUCCUCUUGACCAGCACAUUGGACUACCCAUGGGGCUGCUUAUUUCAGAGUAUCUCAGUCCAUUUAUGUAGUUUAUAACAAUUCUUACUCUUCCUGUCUGAAAACUCUGUUUCUUCUACUCCAAACAUAGAAGAAUAUUGUUUUGAUCCCUUCCUGUGAUUUUGUCCAUAUGAACAGCUUUUUUUGGCUUAAGCCUGAGAAUGUCUUUUCCUCAUAUGCAGCCACCAGAUAUGACAUGUCCUCGGUCAGCACUCACUGCCUGAGAUAAUUGGCUUCUACACUUCUUGUCAUGAGUAAUAAAUUUCCUUGGCUCAGAGUGGUUGGUGUAUAUAAUAUAUUUGCUGUAGGAGAUCAAAAUAGAUGAUAAAAAUGUUUCCUUUUGCUUCAGUCUCAAAUGCUUGUUGCAUCAAGAAUUUUCUACCUUGGCAAAAAUUGGCAAAGUAUUAGGACAAAGUGUAACUGCAGCUCAGCACUCGUCCAUUUUUAUCACUUCCCCACUUUAAUCAUCACAGAGAGAAAUGAAGAGUGACAAUCUUUUCAAAUACCUCAGAAAGAGAGCAUUUAGGGAAUUGUAAAAGAUUGAAAACUAAUCAUCUAUCCCGAUCUCUUAUAUUUCAUGCCUGUGUGCUUCUGUUCCAUACAAAAACCAAGGGAGAGCAGAUUAGGAUUGUCAGGAACUAAUGGCACUGAUGCCAAAGAAUGAGAGUGAUGGAAGUGACACUUCUGUAGCUACUGCUGUUUAUGGGCUUUCAGGGGGUUUCAGGGCUGGUUACAAUGGAGACCAUCUAUUUUUUAGGAUAUCCUGACCCUCUGACUUCUGAGAACAUUCAUAUUUCCUAAAUGUUUGAAAAAGUGGAAUGUACAAAGAAAUGUUAACUUCAGAAAUACUGAAAAAGCCUUCUUUACAUACUUUCAAUUUUAAUUUUUAAUUAGAAAUUAAAUUUUAUUUUUUCUUUGAGAAUUACAUGCAAAACAAAAUGUAAUUCCCUACUUUUCAAAGAAAUUUCUUCCUGGUUUUAGGUAUAGAUAAUUUUGGCAAGGCAAAUAAAUUUCUAUAAAAUCAAUUAAGUCAGCAUCCUCUGAAAGAAGAAAAAACCCAAACUCUGGACAGUUUUUGAUUGAUUCCUGGAGGAGAGUUUCUCCUGAGUAAUCUAUAACAGUCUAAACUAAGCCAAUAAAGGAAUGCAGGGGAAACACAUUCACUUCCUAGAAAUGUCAAUUCCAGCAUUGUCAUUGACUGGUAUAUGGACUGAGACCUGCUGAACAAACACUGUGUUCUGAGGCUGUCAUUGCUGGAGGAAGCAGAAUCUCCACACAUGGAGCACCCUUAGCAGUAGUUGUGGUUGACACAUGGUGCUAAACCAACUUCAGAGGAACUAAAAAUGAACUUUGCCCGUCAUUGGGUGAAGGGACCCAUGCUGUCUUCCUGCUGUGACAUCCUCUCACCAUAGAACAUAAAAUUCCAUUAAGUUGUAAUUUCUGGCACCUUCCCUCUCUGUCCCUAAACACAAAAGGUUUGGUAGCAGUGAAUACAGGUAAAGGUGAAGCAGGUGUCCUGGUUUACCCACAGGCUGUUACUGCUAGCAAACCCAAGUCACCUGCCUGCAGCUUACCAGCCAGUGAUAACGUGGAGCAGCAACAUCUGGUGAUGAUCUAAGUGCCACCAUGCCCUCAUAGGGACACACUAACUCCCUCUUCCACCACUUAGUCAUGAUUUAGAGUGAGGAACGUCAGAGGAGAAGUAGCCCAAAUAUAUGGACUUGAGUGGACAGGUUAAUUGUCCCUGCUUAGCCUCCUCAAAAGGUUUUGAGGAAUUUCCUCAAAAAGGAGAAAAUGUCAGAAUGGAUGCAGCCAUGGCUUUGGGCGCUUAUGAAUGUAGCACCCUUAGGAGAUAAUUUGUAAAUUAUUAUUCCAGAGUUGGAAUAAUCUGGAGAGUGGGACUCUCCAUGUUUCCAGUUUUAGUCAAAAGCAUUCUGGUUUUAGUCUCCCUUCUUCCCCUUGAGCAUACUGGAUAAAAUAUGUUACAAUUUGGAACCAAUGACAUUUUAUAGUCUUUCAGGACAGUGUGAGAAGCUGCAAGAAACUUUAAUUAUUAUGGUGCAAUUUGUAUUUAUUCGGAAACUUUCAGUUCUUUGGCCAGUCUGUAUAUCUUUAAAAGUGCAUGUAGCAACAUUCAGAAUUUACUGUUAUGUGAAUGAGGGCACAAAUCUCCUACUAGGUAUUAGAAAUGUACAUUUGAAAAGUCCUAAAUUAAUUGCAAACACUUACUAUAGUGUUUUCAAAAAUAUGUUUUUAAUAUUUCUUAUUGAUUUGUAGUAUUAGCUAUUCAUUCAUUAUGUAUCUGAUCCAGAAGAACACUUACAUAUGUGGGUAAAUUUAUAUAUUUAAGCAAUGCACUCGAAAAUAAUGCACAUAUAUACUCAUGGGACUGAAUCCUGUAUGCAUUCAAAAAGAAAUUCCUUUAUUCAAAGAAUAUUUCUGGGUUAGUGUCUGCCCCAGGGAUUCAGUGGUAAUUGUAACCAGAGUAGUACAAAGUAGCACUUGAGUACUCUCCUGUGACAUUCAGGUGUGGCUACUUACAUACCCAGCAACGGCGGAAUGCUGUCACUUUCAAAUAGAAUUCAAAUUCAAAAUAUUUUGUGGGAAUGGUCUAAGAUUCAUUCUCACUCUUCCUGCCAUUCGCUUCUUUUAUGAAUUUGUGUGUGAAAACCUGUGUGUUACAUGAGGAGAUAGAUUAAAUAAAGGCAUCCUUCUGACCUUAGAGCCAAUGAAAUUGCUCAAGUAAUGCUGCAGGCUCAAAUUGUGCCCUUUCACAGGAUUUGGACCCAGAGGUUCAGACGGCACAUUGUCAGUAUCCCGCACCAAAUGGAGCAGAGCACUGCCUGCUCAGUGGAACUUCAGAGAGCAUGUCUGGGACAGGGGUCAGCACCUUCUGCACUCUUCUUGUGGGUUUUUCCCCAAAAUGCCUGAAUAAACGCUGCCUUACUACACUUUUCUGUGCAUGUGAUAGCACAGCUAUUCAUGGUGUUAUAUUGACAUAAAACUGAUAAUAAGUAGGUCCAAGGUGUCUUACUGCUAUUUUAGAGCCAGAUUCUUGGUCUCACCAGUCCAGUGUUGAGGCUGAAGAACUAGGCCAUAUCUUGUGUUGGAAGUUAACAAGCUGAUGCUUUAGCAAGUGUGUAUGAACUAGGGAAUAUCAAGCUUGUUUAGCUUUUAUACUCUAGUCACUGGUUAUUACUACUGUUUUUGGAGAUUGAAGACAAAAAACUUCCCAAACAGGUUUAUCUUUUUCUGUUUUUUCAAUAAUGUGUCUUUUACAAUGGCUUAGGAGAUGCCAUGCUGCAUGCUUCAGAAUCUGGGUUCCCCCAGCUGAAACCAUCCAGCUGUGGUUGCUUUGCAGGGGCUUAAAACACAGAGAUUUACCAGGACUGUGACCUGCAUUGUCAUUGCUUUGGACAGAGUGUUUGCUACUUAGAGAUUAAACCUGUAAUCAGCACAUUUCAGGUUCUUCACAUACUGGACUUGAUUCUUUGGAUGUUUUCAUCACUUCAGAGUGCUUAGAAAAUGGGCAGUCAACAUCAUGGUGGUAGAUUUAUUCCUUGAUAGGGAAUUAGGGCUUUGUUCUUCUUUUAACAUCUUGUUUGACAAAUAAUUAAAAAAGAUUGCAUGUAAACAUUGUCACAGAGUAUAGAUGUGGAGCCUUCAGUGUGAGGAUAGGAUAUGGCCAAGGUUCACAUGAUUUGUCUCCUUUACACUGAAUAUCACUAAUACAUGUUACUUUGUGGCCAAAGGUUUGAAAGCCUACCUGAUCCUCAGGAAUUAAUUUUUUCCUGUAUUUUCCUCAUAAUUUAUUGUGUAAAUUAAGGAGGAAAGUUAAUACUACCCAUGUCAUGUGACCAUAUCUGUUACAUUAAACUGCAGUUAAUAACUACAGUUAAUAAUUUUAUCAGUCACCCCUCCAGUCCUUCAGUUCAGCUAUUUCUUUUUUUUUGUUAAUACAGCCUAUUAAACAUGUAGCUCUGCAAUUUCAAAGUAGCUCCAAAGUCAUCUUGACUUCAAGUGUUACAGAAUAGAUGCUUGUUAAUCCAGGUUCUGUUCUACUUUUCUAAUUAUUGCAUUAUCAAUUGUGUGUAUUGUAUUUUUUUUUUAUUUUUUCAAUCUCAAACCAGUUGUCACAAUGUUAUCCUGUAACAAUGUUUUGUUCAUUGCAUAGAAUAGGUGAAAAGCUGUGGAAUUAAUGAAGGGCUACAAAAAGCAUCCAAAAUAUUGUUCACCUUGAGGAAGGGUGAGACAGCUUGAUAAUCUCUGGACAAAAGACUAAACAACACUGUGGUGCUAAUAGGUACUGAAGUAUUUUAUGAUGUGUUCACUAUGACUUAAGUGACAUAUUCAAGGCAUGUCAAUGAUGCAACUGCAUGUGUUUCUCUUCCUAAAGUCUGGACUGCUCUGACAAAGUCAGUGUUUGUAAUUCCUGGUGGGCCAAUUCCUACUUAGCUCUUCCAUAAUUUCAGGAGUUUGUGUGGGAUUUGGCUCAGCAAUAUUAGGUAAAGUAAAAGCUACACAGACCACAGAAGUCUUGUGUGGAAUGUAUUCAGCCUGCUGUAGCAUGUUACUUUAUUUAGUUGCUUUGCAUAAGCAGGGGCUAAAUAUAAAUUCUGUAGUAAUGAUAAGAAACACUGGACUAAAUUCUGGAACCACUUAACCAAGAAAUAUUAGCAAGCAUUUGAAUUAAAAAGAAGAUUGAGGUCUGAAAUAUGAACGUUCUUUCAUGGAAUAUCAGAAAAAGAGGGGUAAAAUAAGAGCAAAUUCUAUCUCUAGGAAUGGAAAAAGGCCAAAUCUGGCUGACUUUAAAGUCAGCUAUGAUUUACAAAAGGGGAGUUUGGUUUUAAAAUCUUGAAGACAAAAUUUCCAUUUUGAAUUCUGAACCAUAAUUGUUUUGUGUUAUUGUGCCUGGGCUGCUCAUGUAGGGCAGGUGUCUGUAUUCUAAAUAGCACUAAAGCACUAAUAGCACUAAUCACACUUCUGACCAACAGGCCAGAAACUUUGCCUCUGUAGCAAACUCCAUAAUUGAAAACUUGGAGGGAAAUUUUCGUACAAAACAAAAAAAUACAUAUGAAAUGAUCCAAAGCUGAGUUUUAAUAAAAAAAGAAGAAAAUAUUGCAUCUGUGAGAUCCACGGUUGAGUGGAGGCUCUCCUGAGAGAAGACCUGCUCUUUUCACCAGCUGAGCACAUGGGAGCUUGGUCCCUGGCUGCAGUGCAUACCUCUACCAAAUGAUCUGUGCAGAACAGCAACAGUCUGGGUAGUAUUGUAGGAGCAUGGAAUGGGCACACUGCCUGUAACUGUUUAGUUUUUAAAAAACUCAUUAUUAAGCAAAUGUGUAGAGUAUUAAGGAAAUUUGUAGAGUAUGUCUGAUGGUAUGAGUGUGUGGGUGCUGUGCUGUGGUAAAACGAGAAUAAUUGGUUUAUGCUGGGUAUUUUUGCAUACUUUAGGCUCCUGGUUUUUUGGUUUUUUUUUUUUUUUUUUUAAAUUUAUAUUUAUUUCUCAGCAGAGCUUAGAGUAAUUUUAAAGUUAUAUAACCCAUGAUUUAAUGAAACCUACUGUCAGCAUCUGUUGUAAACAUGUGUUUACAAAACAAACUCUUGAAUACUUGAUACUUGGAAAUAAAAAAUAGCAUAUCAUGCGUGUUGAUUUGGUCCAGA